AUCCACUGCCCUUCUAACUGGACAUUCACUUUAUCUCACCCAUCCUCCAUCCCGACCAGCAAUCUCCCGCGGGCUGGUCUCUGAAUGUGUUCAUGCCCGUUUGACGUCACUCCUCGCACCUGCCUCGCCGAAAUCUGAUGCCGGGCAUGGAAGUCGCAAGGAAAUGACUAGCACUGCUCUUUCCUCCAACCAAACCAGAGUGACUCGCGCUGCAGCGAGGCUCCAAGCAGACCGCUCCACCACAUCCCACCCCCCGGACCCUUCACCUCCCGCGGCUACACCGUCGACCGCCUCUCGCAAGCGCAAGGCGCCGUCCGAGCCAUCCCCGCCAUCCCCGCGUGACAACCGGAAAAGCAAGAAACCCAGGGCCAGCAACGUCGACGUUGCAGUCCCCGCUUCACCAGAAGAGCCGCGGAAGCAAGGCAAGAAGAGGGCUUCAGCGGCUAUGUCAAGUUCGGGGCCAUCGUCGAGCAACUCUGCAGAGACAUCACCUCAGUCCGCACCACGAGACUCCUCGAAGCGGAAAACGAGUCGGAAGAAGAGCAAAGAAGAGCCGACGGCGUCCGCGUCUGCAUCCAGCUCGAGAAGGCCGAAAAAGGGCUCCAAGAGAGAUCAAGAUGCGUCGAUGAAGGAUGCGAAUGAGAAGCCAGAAGAGUCCUACGACGAUCCCGCCCAAUCAGCUUCCAGGCUCGACACUGGCGCUGGUGCCGGUACUGGUGCUGGUGCUGAUGGCGGUGACGGCCAGCCACGGCGCUUCACUCAAGACGAACUGGACGCCAUGGAGAGAAGUGACGACCCGUUCACCAGUGGCUACUUUGCUCGCUUUGGCGGCGGUCCAGGCGGCCCGUUGAGCAGCCUGCGUGCUCUCAGCGGCAUCAUGUCUGGCACGCAUGGCCGUUUACGCAACAUCCUCGAACAACUGCGCACCAAGGAGGACCAAUCUGUCCAGCUCAUCGCUCUACAAGAGCUCUCAGAGUUACUCCUUGUGUCGAACGAGGACAAUCUGGCCGGGCACUUCUCUCCCGAUCAAUACGUGAAGGAACUCGUGACGCUGAUGCAGCCAAACGAGCUCACCGGCGAAGAGAACCCCGAGAUCAUGCUGGUGGCCUGUCGUUGCAUUGCCAACAUGAUGGAAGCCCUGCCCCAAGCUACAGCAAGCGUCGUCUAUGGCGGUGCUGUUCCAAUUUUGUGCCAGAAGCUCCUGGAAAUCCAGUUCAUCGACCUGGCCGAACAGGCCUUGAGCACUCUCGAGAAGAUUUCCGUUGAAUUCCCCUCCUCUAUCGUGCGCGAAGGUGGACUGACCGCGUGUCUGGGCUAUCUCGACUUCUUCGCAACGAGUACGCAACGGACCGCCGUGACAACCGCUGCCAAUUGCUGUCGAAACAUCCCGGAAGACUCCUUCUCCGUGGUCAAGGAGGUCAUGCCAACCCUUCUCAACACCCUCUCAAGCAGCGACCAGCGUGUGGUUGAUCAAGCCUCACUUUGUGUGUCCCGCAUCAUCGACAGCUUCAAAUACAACGAGUCCCGACUGGAAAGUCUGGUCAAGGCAGAUCUCCUGCGCGCGAUUUUACGCCUUCUGCUUCCGGGCUCAACAAACACGAUUGGCCCCAGCAUCCACACCCAAUUCCUGCGAGUGCUUGCCAUCACUGCUCGGGCCAGUCCAGGGUUGUCCCUUGAGCUGCUGAAGAUGAACGUGGUCGACACGCUGUAUCAAAUCCUCACCGGCGUAUCACCCCCAUCUGAGACCGAAGGCGCAGUGACCAAGAUCGACAAGAACAUCAUCAUGCAAGCCAUCAUCCGCACGCCGAGGGACCAAGUAUACGAGACGUUGAACGUGAUCUGCGAGCUUUUGCCCACCGUGUCCAAUGCAGCCUUGACCUUUAUCGACAAUCUCUACGAUGCUGGAUACACGGGCCCGGAACAUAUGCCGAUGUCUACUCGGUCCAAGAGCGCAUCGAACGCCACACGAAUUGAGCUACUGCAACAGCAUCCUAACGAGGCCAAGAGAUUUGCCGUCAUCCUCUUUCCAACGCUCAUGCACGCGUACACUAGCACUGUCAACUUGAACGUUCGACAAAAGGUCUUGACGGCUCAGCUCAAGAUGCUCUCCAACUUCGACAUCGAUAUCUUGCAGGACUGUCUUCGUGGGGUUGCUUACGCUUCACAUCUCGCUUCGAUCCUCACUCAACAGGACAAUCCAUCCCUCGUCACAUAUGCUCUCCAGGCGGCCGAGCUACUCUUGUUGCGAUUGGAGUCAAUCUACAGACCUCAAUUCUACCGCGAAGGCGUGAUGGCGGAGAUCUCCAAGCUCGCCGAGCGCUCUGUCCAACCCGAUACCUCGCCAAAGGCCGCUGCAAAGCUCGAGGAGAGCGUUCAGUCCGCCGCGGAAUUGGAGCUUGUCGGACAACACGACGACGAGAUUGCUGAGGACGAAGGAGAGACCAUUGAAGUCGAUAUGGCCGCUCACGACCCUGACGAUGAUGAGGAUGAGCACGACGAGGAGAGCGAGGAAAACGACGAAGACCUGGAGCCCCAGGACGAGGAUGAUGAGGAGGAAGAUGAGGAUGGCGACGGCGAUGGAAGAGGAGAUCGAGACAAUCGCUCGGAUGUUUCCGAGUCGCCCUCACCUGAACGACCGCGCCGAAUUGACAUGCAAGACGUCAUCACACUCCGCGCCCGCGCCUUCAUGACUGCUCACGGCGAUGUGGGCAGCGUGGAGAUGCGCAAGCAAGCCUCGACUAUCCUGGAAGACCUGCAAACCCUCGGUGCGGAACUCAAGUCGUGCUACAGUGGGGUGCGGAGCGAAGGAGGCAUAGACCUGUUCCAUCGCCUGGCAAAACACUUCGACGGCGACGCCUUGGAGAGUAUUACCAGCUACGAGCUGAUGAGUUCUGGAAUCGUGGAGACAUUGCUUGAGCUGUUCACCGAUGCAGACCACCAGGCCGCGACCGAAGCGCGCUCCGACUUUUUGGAAGUCUUCAUGACUACGACAAACAACGCUGGUUUGGCGGCCGGCGAAUCGCAAGCUCCCGCGACAGCCUUCAGCGUCCUCAUCCACAAGCUUCAGGAUCUUCUCAGCCGUGCGGAGCACUUUGAGGUCAUUACCGUGCAUCAGAACGCGUUUGAGAGCAAUAGAAGCAGCCCUGCCUCCAUGCUUGCCAAGCAGCUUCGUUUGAAGCUCGUUGCCGAUGAAGCUUCUGGCAUACCUCGGCCUUAUCGGAAUAUCAUGGUCUCAAUCCAUGCCAUUGCCACCUUCAAGGCUCUUGACGACUACCUGAGACCCCGCAUCAGCAUGUCUGAGCGUUCCGGGGCCAUGCGGAGCCGCGAGGGCAUUACGAGUGCGAUGGCGGCAUACGCAGCCGCCAUGGCGAGCCGUGGGGAUCGGUCCGGGCCUCCACCUCCACAACUGUCAAAUCAGGACAUCCCUUCGCCCGCCAAGACCGACGCAAAGAAGCAGUCCAAGUCCAAAUCUUCAAAGUCAGAGGAUGCUGCGCAGGCCGGGGGAAGCAAGCCGGAGGAGCCAGCCACUCAAUUACGUCGAUCAUCCAGGGAGCAUCCAUCUCAAGCGGCGACUCCCGCGACUCUGCCGUCGGCAGAAGCCCCAACGCACGAGGCACAAGAGCAGAGCGACUCGCAAGCAGCGAUCGAAUGCGCCGAUGAAGCACCCUUCCCGGACGAUGAUGAUGAUGACGAUGUCGAGGCGGAUUUGGACGCGUUUGUGGAUGACCUCGAAGAAGGCGGUGGCCUCGACGCGGACAUCGCAGACCCUACUGCCGUCAACGUCGAAGUGGGCACUACUGGCAAGGUCACUGCCCGGACGGAAGAUGGCGUGCGUGUUGGUACACCCUCGGGAACUACUCCAGUCGCAACACCGACCACGAGAGAUCGAUUGUCUGCGUCUGCCAGACUGACAGCUGCUCGCGAAUUCCUUUCCACCCCCACAUCCUCGCGAAUGAUGUCGUAUGCAUCAGCUCUGCAGCAGACGCCGCAAGACUGGCAUAUCGAAUUCAGUGUGAACGACCAACCGAUUGCGAGCGAGACGACAAUCUACCGCGCUUGUCAUUUUAACAAUACGCAAGGCGAGGAGUUUGUCAACCGCAGCGUUUGGUCUUCAACGCAUACCAUCAAGUUCAAGCGUGUGCAAGGUCCACCACCACCAGAACGUACGUCAACGCAUGUCGCAGCUGAACAAAGCUCCGGCAAAAAUGGCGAUCUACCGCCUUCCCUUGACAACCAUCCGGUGACUUCAGGCAUCCUGCGACUCUUGAGCAUCCUGCACGACCUGAACUCCAACCUGGAUGACGUUUUGGCGGAGCACAAGACCACUCUGAGAUUGACUGCCGAGCCACUCACCCAAUUCGUCAAUACCAAGCUCACUGCGAAGCUCAACAGGCAGCUCGAGGAGCCUUUGAUCGUGGCCAGUCAAUGCCUGCCGACGUGGAGCGAGGACCUUUCCCGUUUGUACCCGUUCCUCUUCCCAUUUGAGACUCGACACCUCUUUCUGCAGUCUACAUCGUUUGGCUACUCACGAUCCAUGAGCCGUUGGCAAGGCGGGCAGUCUGACGGUGACAACCGUCGUCACCGCGACGAUCGUCCAUUCCUCGGCCGUGCCCAGCGUCAAAAGGUUCGGCUCUCGCGCCAUCGCAUCCUUGAGUCCGCAAUCAAAGUGAUGGAGCUCUACGGUCAAUCUUCCAGCAUUCUUGAGGUCGAAUAUUUCGAGGAGGUUGGUACGGGCCUGGGCCCGACGCUUGAAUUCUACUCGACUGUCUCAAAGGAGUUCUCCAAGAGAAAGACCAAGCUGUGGCGCGAGAAUGAGUCUUUUGAUGGUGGCGACUACGCCUUUGGCCGUCGCGGCCUCUUCCCGGCCCCGAUGAGCGAGGAGAUGUCUCAGAAUGAGAAUGGCCAAAAAGUGCUGCACCUCUUCAAGAUGCUCGGCAAGUUCGUCGCCCGAUCUAUGCUCGAUUCGCGCAUCAUCGACAUCUCGUUCAAUCCGACCUUCUUCCGCAUCGGUGACGACAAAACCACCGUGACACCCUCUCUUGGUGCGGUGGCUGCCGUGGAUUCCGACCUCGCCAAGUCGUUGAAAAUGCUGAAGAAAUUCUUGGGCGCCAAACAGCGCAUUGAAGACGAUCGCAGGCUUUCGGAUGCGCAGAAGUCGGCCAAGCUUGCUGAGAUUCGAAUCAACGAUGCUCGUGUCGAGGAUCUCAGCCUGGACUUCACGUUACCCGGGUAUCCCCAUAUUGACUUGGUGCCGAACGGCUCUGGAACCAGCGUGUCCCUCGACAAUCUCGGCGACUACAUCAAGGCAGUCAUCGACUUCACGCUCGGCACCGGUGUGCAACGCCAGGUCGACGCCUUUCGUGCCGGCUUUUCGCAGGUGUUCCCAUACUCCGCACUCCGAGCGUUCACGCCAGACGAAUUGGUCAUGCUGUUUGGGCGGGUCGACGAAGACUGGUCGCUGGAAACUUUGAUGGACUCGAUCAAGGCCGACCAUGGGUAUAACCUCGACAGUAGGAGCGUGCGCAACCUGCUUCAGUUCAUGUCCGAGCUGUCACCGCAAACCAAGCGGGACUUCUUGCAAUUCAUCACGGGCAGCCCGAAGUUGCCGAUUGGAGGGUUCAAAGCUCUUACACCGAUGUUCACGGUGGUCUGCAAACCAAGCGAGGCACCCUUCACCUCGGACGACUACCUGCCAAGCGUCAUGACUUGCGUCAACUAUCUGAAGAUGCCCGACUACAGCACGUUCGACAUUAUGAAGUUGAAGCUUGGCAUGGCGAUUCAGGAAGGUCAGGGUGCCUUCCACUUAUCAUAGAAGCAUACGGCAGUCCAUUUUCGGCAUUGCUUCGGAAUGUGCGCCGCCCACAAUACCGCGCGCAAUGAGAUGAGAGCUCCGGCGUUGUUUUGGUUUUGGGACAUGGGACAAGGGGAACGGGUGGGCGUAGCAUUCGGAGAGCAUUAACAAGGACGUACGAAUACACGAUAAUGUAGUGCUGCACAACUAGCCAUGACGACAGAAUGAAGAAC